AUGGAGAGAGCCGCCCUGGAAAAGAAGCCUAAUCAGCCCGUUCAUGAUGCCGAUCUGGAUAAAGCUGCGGGCAAUAUCACUCUCCUCGAUGACCAUGAAGCUGAGGAAUUCUACGGCUCUUCUACUACCCAGGCAUACCGCCUCAAGUCAGAGCUGGUAGGAAGUUGCAUGGAACAGAUUGGCAUGGGACGGUUUCAGUGGAAUCUUUUUGUAGUAACAGGUUUUGGAUGGAUUGUGGAUAACUUUGCUUCCCAAGGUAUUGGCAGCGUCCAGCCUCCCAUUGAACAGGAGCUUCCAGACAUUGUCAGUGUCAGCUAUAGCUCACUGGCCUACUACGCCGGCCUCAUCCUCGGUGCAUCUUUCUGGGGCAUCUCCAGCGACUUAAUCGGUCGAAGACCCGCGUUCAACUAUACAGUCCUUAUUGCAGGUAUCUUCCUCUGCGCUGUGGCGGGAUCUAUGAACUUCGUGGCCUUCAGUGCUCUCUGGGCCGUUAUUGGUACCGCAGCUGGAGGGAACGUACCGGUGGGUUCGAUGAUGUUCUUGGAGUUUGUUCCCAGGAGCCACCAAUAUCUUCUCACUGCAUUGACCGCAUGGUGGAGCCUAGGUCAAUUGAUUGUCUCCUUGGUGGCAUGGGUCUUCUUGGCCAACUUCAGCUGCCCAACAGACGCGACUCCAGCAACUUGUCCCCGUCGCGAGAACAUGGGAUGGGACGAAGAUGCGGUGGCGGCAGUCAACCAUGUUGCUCGACAGAACGGAAGGCCAGAGCCCUUGACAAUUGGUAUGCUUCGCGAAAUCGAUAUCAGGCUGGGCGCUACGGCUAGUGAAAAUGGAGCACACUCACGACUUUCCACCAAGCAAGUGGUUUCGGAAAACCUGCGAUCCUUCAGGGGUGAACAUUACCGCGCUCUAUUCGCAACGUCGAAGCUUUGCAGACAUACCAUAAUUACUUGGGUUAUAUGGUUGACCAUCGGCAUCGGAUACCCUCUGUACUUCAACUUCCUCCCGUCGUAUUUGGCAACCAAGUUUACCCAGAGCUCGACUCUUGAUCUAACAUACCGCAACUACUGCAUCACCUCCGCCGUGGGAAUCGUCGGUCCCCUAUCCGCUGCUGUGGGCGUCAACACGACGCUUGGCCGCAGGUACAUGAUGGGGAUCUCGUCUGUCGUGACUGCCGUGUUCCUUUUCGCCUACGUGGGGGUCAAUAGCUCCACGGCCAGUCUGGCCUUCUCCUGCGUCACCAGUAUACUGGCAAACUUUGAGUAUGCUGUUAUGUUCGCCUUCACCCCUGAAUCCUUCCCAGCUCCCCACCGCGGUACUGGAACGGGCACCGCAUCAGCUCUUCUGCGCCUUGGGGGUUUGGUGGCUAGUCUUAUCUCGUCUCAGACCGGAUUUACCAGCGCCCCGAUCUAUGCCAGCGCUGCAAUGUGGGUGACGGUGGGAGCUCUCUCUUUCGGGUUACCGUUUGAGACGCACGGUCAUGAGGCACUUCACCCAGUAAUCAAUAUGAACAAGGUUUUCACAGGUGCUGAAGUUGCCCAACACAACAACGAGAACAGCUGCUGGGUUGUUCUUUACGGAAAGGUAUAUGAUGUAACGCAUUUGCUGUCAAGCCAUCCUGGCGGCGCCCAAGCCAUUUUGCGUGUGGGGGGUAUAGAUGCCACAGACGACUUCGAUCCCAUUCAUCCUCCUGAGACCAUGCAGAGUCUCCAAUCGGCACAAAUCGGAUCAGUUGACCGCGACGAGGAGCCAUUUUGUGCAAGUCAUACUACGGGUCCCACGGACGAAAUCGACGUUAACACCCUCUUGAACCUGGACGAGAUAGAACAGGCCGCCAGCAAGGUAAUCAGCAAGAAGGCAUGGGCCUACUAUUACUCGGCAUCCGACGACAAGAUAACCAAGGACUUUAACACACAAGUUUACCGAUCACUGUUGUUACGUCCCCGAGUCUUUGUCGACUGCCAGAAAUGCGAUGUGGAGACCGAGCUUUUGGGAUGGAAGCUUGGUCUACCGAUAUAUAUAUCUCCCACCGCAAUGGCUCGUUUAGGACAUCCUAGCGGGGAGGCGGGACUCGCAGAGGCAUGCAAAGCUUUUGGAGCGCUCCAGAUCAUCGCAAAUAAUUCGUCACUCUCCCCUGAACAGGUGGUGGCCAAUGCAGCACCGACGCAAGUAUUUGGAUGGCAGCUGUAUGUCCAACGAGACCGCAGUGCCAGCGAAGCGAUGCUCGCACGGGUGAACAAGUUAGAUGCGAUCAAGUUUGUGGUACUCACCCUUGAUGCGCCCGUCUCGGGAAAACGAGAAGAUGAUGAACGCAUCAAUAUGAAGGCUCAUCCAGCAGGCAGUGUCAGUGCCCAGCUUUUCGCUGGCACAGAUCCGUCUCUCACCUGGCACGAGACUCUUGAGUGGCUGUCACGACACACGACGAAGCCUAUCAUCCUCAAGGGCCUGCAGACUCAUGAGGAUGUUGCUAUUGCCGCCCGGCAUACACCCCUCGUCCGAGCUGUUAUUCUAUCUAAUCAUGGUGGGAGGUCUCUGGACACGGCACCACCGGCCGUACACACCCUCCUUGAAAUACGGAAGUACUGUCCCUACGUUUUCAUGAAGAUGGAGGUGUGGGUAGAUGGCGGUAUUCGACGAGGUACCGACGUAGUUAAAGCGCUUUGCCUUGGUGCGAAGGCUGUUGGCAUUGGACGACCGGCUCUUUGGGGCCUUGGGGCCGGUGGAGUGAAGGGAGUUGAACGAACGCUACAAAUUCUGCUGGAGGAGACCAAGACCUGCAUGCGACUCUUAGGAGCGACCAGCAUCAAGGAAUUGGGUCCCCACUACGUCAACUCCAGCAGUGUGGAGCAGCAGAUCUAUCGGACGCCGCCGAAUGUUGAGGAUGAGGAAGCUGUAGCAUACAAGGGGAAGCUCUACCAUCCCCAUUCCGUCCGAAACGAACAUAAAACAUCGCCAAGCCCCGCAAUCCGCAACCCCGCACGUACAAUGGGCAAGAAGCGCGUCUUGGUCGGGUACGGAGUCGACAUUGACGCGGUCGCAGGUUGGCUCGGCUCGUACGGUGGAGAGGACAGCGUGAGCGAUAUCAGUCGUGGACUGUGGGCGGGGCACGUCGGCACCCCGCGACUGCUGAAGUUGUUCGAGAAAUACAAUAUCAAGGCGUCCUGGUUCAUUCCCGGUCACUCAUUGGAGACCUUUCCCGAGGAAUGCGCGCAGAUCCGGGAUGCGGGCCACGAAAUCGGACUACAUGGGUAUUCGCACGAGAACCCGGCCAGCAUGACCCAGGAGCAGCAGCGGGACAUUCUCGAUAAGACCUAUCGGAUGCUCCGCGACUUCUGUGGCAAGCCGCCGCGCGGGAUCGUCGCCCCGUGGUGGGAGGCCAGUGCCGAGAUGGUCGACCUGCUGCUCGCCUACGGGAUUGAAUACGACCACUCCAUGUCUCACGAGGACUGCCAGAUGUACUGGUUGCGGACGGGGGAUUCAUGGACGAAGAUUGACUACAGCCAAAAGGCCGAGACGUGGAUGAAGCCGCUGGUUCGAGGCCAGACCACUGGGCUGGUGGAGAUUCCGGGCAGUUGGUAUAUUGAUGACCUGCCCCCGAUGAUGUUCAUCAAGAAUUCUGCCAAUAGUCACGGCUGGGUGAAUCCGCGGGAUGUGGAAGAUAUCUGGAAGGACCAUUUUGAUUAUUUCUACCGCGAAUACGACGAAUUUGUUUUCCCCAUGACGAUUCACCCCGAUGUUUCUGGGCGGCCGCAUGUGCUCCUAAUGCACGAAAGAAUCAUCGAACAUAUCAAUAAACACGAAGGGGUGGAGUGGGUAACUUUCGAGCAGAUGUGUGAUGAGUUCAAGAAGAAGAACCAGCCGCCAGCCGGGGCGCCAAUGCCAGCGGCAGCAGAGUGUGUGCUCCAAGAUACUGAAAAGACUGCUGACAGUGACGCACCAUAG